GCCGGAGAAGGCGCCCAACGGCGGGAGCGACGGCGGGGCGGCAGGAAGCGAGGGGCCGCUGCGCGCCGCUCGUCCUGUUAUGCGAGAGCGCUCCCGCCCCCGGGGCCGACGGGAGGCGGGCGACAGCGGCAGGAGCGCGGGCGGGGCGGCGUCGCCCCGGAGAGAGCGGCGGGGUGCCCCGGCCCCGGCGGCGGGCGGCAGCCGUAGGCUGGCGAUGGAGGAAGGGGCAGCAGACCUGCGACAGAGAAAGAAGCAAAACUGCACAGAAUCUGACAAAAUGGCUCCAGAGGAGAGAAACAAAGAAAACUCAAAGCUGGGAAGAUCGCCAAAAUAUAUGUUAAUUCAGCGUUUUGCGAAACUUUUCUUUGGUUGUCUUGCGGCAGUCACUAGUGGAAUGAUGUAUGCUGUGUACCUCUCAACAUAUCAUGAACGGAAAUUCUGGUUUUCCAGCAGGCAGGAACUUGAACGAGAAAUUACAUUUCAGGGUGACAGCGCCAUUUAUUACUCAUUCUAUAAAGAACUGCUAAAGGCUCCUUCCUUUGAAAGAGGUGUUUAUGAAUUGACACACAACAAUAAGACAAUAUCACUGAAGACGAUAAAUGCAGUCCAGCAAAUGACUUUGUAUCCAGAGUUGAUUGCCAGUGUUUUAUAUCAAGCAUCUGGUAGCGAAGAAGUUAUUGAACCAGUGUAUUUCUACAUUGGUAUAGUUUUUGGACUGCAGGGAAUUUAUGUGACUGCAUUGUUUGUAACCAGUUGGGUUAUGAGUGGGACUUGGCUGGCAGGAAUGCUGACUGUAGCAUGGUUCAUUAUUAACAGGACAGAUACAACAAGAAUUGAUUACUCCAUACCAUCAAGGGAAAAUUGGGCUUUGCCAUAUUUUGCAUGUCAAGUAGCAGCUCUCACAGGCUAUUUAAAAAAAAACCUAAAUUGUUCUGCUGAGAAGUUUUGUUACCUUUUGGUGAGUGCUUCAACAUAUACCUUCAUGAUGAUGUGGGAAUACAGUCAUUAUCUCCUGUUUGUUCAGGCUGUUUCUCUUUUUCUGCUAGACAGCUUUGCCCUGGCACAGACAGAGAAGGUGCAUGAAGUAUACAAAAUCUACUUGUUUUCUCUCUUCUUGGGGUACCUUUUGCAGUUUGAAAAUUCAGUCUUACUAGUGUCACCAUUACUGAGCCUUGUAGCAGCUUUAAUGCUCUCUAAAUGCCUUCAGAUGAACAUGAAAAAAGGUACAUUGAUGUCAAGAUUGCUGAAAAUAAUGUACAUUUAUUUGGUACUUACAGUAACAGUGACACUAAACUUGUUACUAAAGAUGUUUCUUCCUCAUAAAGAAAAUGAACAUUUGCUGAAGUUUAUUGAAGUAAAACUUGGCUUAAACACGACUAAGAAUUUUACAAUGAAUUGGCUCCUUUGUCAAGAAUCUCUUCAGGCACCCUCCCAAGACUUUUUUUUGCGACUAACACAGUCAUCGCUGUUGCCUUUCUAUAUUUUAGUAUUAAUUAUCUGCCUUUUUUCUGUAACUCAGGUCAUUUUUAGGAGAAUUUGUGGUGAACCACUGAAAGAGACAGUUAAACUUGAGGAUGGUCGAAUUGGAGAGAGGCCAGAAAUAGUUUAUCAUGUAAUUCACACAAUUUUACUUGGUUGUCUAGCGAUGUGUUUGGAAGGAAUGAAAUAUCUAUGGACGCCUUAUGUUUGCAUGCUUGCUGCAUUUGGUGUGUGCUCUCCCGAACUUUGGAUGACGCUUUUCAAGUGGCUUCGACUGAAAGCUGUGCAUCCGAUAUUGCUGGCUCUUAUUCUGAGUAUGGCAGUUCCCACGAUAAUUGGAUUCAGCUUGUGGAAAGAGUUUUUCCCUAGGAUAAUGACAGAGCUUUCAGAACUACAAGAGUUCUAUGAUCCUGAUACAGUAGAACUUAUGACAUGGAUAAAACGACAGGCUCCUGUGGCUGCUGUGUUUGCAGGCAGCCCGCAGUUAAUGGGUGUGAUUAAGCUUUGUACUGGCUGGAUGGUGUCAAGCUUGCCUUUAUAUAAUGAUGACGAUCUUCUAAAAAGAAAUGAAAAUAUUUAUCAGAUCUAUUCAAAGAGGUCAGCAGAGGAUAUUUAUAAGAUACUUACAUCUUACAAAGCCAAUUUUCUGGUUAUUGAAGAUUCAAUUUGCAAUGAAGUGGGACCUGUAAGAGGAUGUAGAGUUAAAGAUCUAUUGGAUAUUGCCAAUGGUCAUGUGGUUUGUGAGGAAGGUGACAGUUAUGCCUACUCAAAAUAUGGACGAUUUUGUCAUGAAAUCAAAAUGAACUAUUCUCCAUAUGUGAAUUAUUUUACGCGGGUAUACUGGAAUAGAUCCUACUUUGUGUAUAGAAUCAACACUGUGAUAUCCUUCCAGUCGUGAAAAAGCAUGCAAGUUCUUUCUGAAGAUUGAUUGUGAAUGAAAUCCAGUUGGAAAAGUCACAUUUUGAUCAAGGAAGUCAUUUUUGCAGAUACUUGUGCACGCAUGCAGUGUAUUGACAACUUUAUUUUACCAAACUGGAAUUCUCUGAACUACAGAUCAACAGACACAGAUAGCAUCUUCGAAGGAAACAGGAAAAUUUGUCAAUUUUACAGUCUCUACAAAGUGUGACAGUCUUCCAUGUUUUUGCAUUUUUCUUCCCAAUACAAACCACCUUAAUCUUCAUGUAAAUGAAAUUUCUAACUGUAGUAUUAGAGAGCUGAUGUGGGUAGACUGCAGUAAAUGCAGAAAGAUUAUUUAAAGAGCUCAUUUAAGUCAUAUAGCUUUUAUUUUCUAGCAAGAAAGCAAUUGGUAUCUUGAGUCUUUUCAAGUAAGUGUUUGGGGGUUUUGGUUUUUUUGUUGUUUUCAUUGUUCCUGUCUUCCACUGUAAACAUUUCUGUGUUUAUGAAGCAUACGUUCAUACAUCUUACGUGUAGCUAUAGUGUUUGUAUAAAUCAAAUAAGGAAGCCUUUAUUUAACAACACUUCCAGAGAUUAAGGCACUGAUCUCUACAUUGUUAAGAGACAUGUUGGUGGAAGUGCUUGGACUUAGACCUAGCAGUAGGAGUUAACAAGAUCAGAUCUUCAGUUUGGAAAGAACUUGUCUUCAGGUUUUUUCCAUGCUUAAAUGUGUAUGUGUGUAUGCAUACGUGUGUCUUAGCAGCCAUCAGAACGGGCCAGUAUACAACUGUAUGCCAUACUUGGUUUUAGACAAGGGUAGCAGGACAACCAGGUUUGCUGCUGAGACUUCUGCACUUCUGUUUCACCCCUUCUGUGUGUGCGCUGGUGUGUGUGUGUAUGUAUGGGGAGGGAUGGGUGAUCCUCAUUUUGUUCAAUUUUUAUGUGAUAGUUAUAUUAAGAUAGUGCCAUAACUGCAAUGUAAAAACCUAUAUUCACCACCAUUGAUAAAUAAUGGUACAGUUUUUCAUAUCUAUUUUUAUAUCAAUUAUGCAACUACACUGAGAUCUUUGAAAAUUGGGGAAAGUACUCUGCGAUCUUGCUUCCCUCUCAAAUUUGUCUUCCUUGUAUGACCCCCUUUUCCUCUACAACUAUUUUUUGUAACAAAUGGGCUGUUCAUCCUGUUUGUUGCUGGAUAAUAUACCUUCAAGAGAAUAUUCAGCUCUGGGCCUAAUCCUGGUGGUGUGAGUGGAAAAUCCAAUAAAAGGUAACGGUAGCUUUGCUUACGUAGGUGUAGCUGAACAAAAAGCCAGGACAUAAGUUUUGGAAGAGGUUAUUCAUCUGUUAGGAGUUAACCUGCAGUUAUGGAUUUGUGUAACACCUGGCCCAGAGACCAGUCUAGCGGGCAUAUGGGAACAGUUCUUUGGAGCCCAUGUAUGAUGUAUCCGUGAUGAAGGAUCGGGCAUAAUAGGAGGAACCCUCAACUGAAAAAUCUGCAAACCAUUCUGCAAAUGAAAGCUGCAAAAUGAUCCUUACUGCACUUCUUGAUAAAAUAACAAAGUCAGAGAUUUUUAACUCUGGAAUUAUUAGGAACUGCAGCAGGUUGGUGUAUGUGGGGGUUCUUAUCUGCUCUACACAGAUAUACUUCCUUACUUUGCAGUAAGUGCUGCAGGUAGUGCUGCAAUUUUUUAAAACCUAUGAUCACUGUUGCAAUGAUUUAAAAGAAAAAAAGUUUUAUUGUUGUAAAAGUCAAGAUGUCUGUAAUCUGUUUUUUACUUUCAGUUACAUUUGUAGGCCUAUGAGUCUUGACAGGAUGUUAAAUUCUGCGUUUUAUUUGAAACCAAUAUUCAGAUAAAUAUACUGGAUGUGAUCAUGGAGAGAAACAUUUGUCAGUAUAACUGAGUUACAAGUUAAAAGUAAAUAUCCCUUCUGGGGAUGCAGUUGUGUUGGGGGCAGUGUGUAUGUGUGUCUGGCCAAAUGCAGUCUGCAUUUGUUUGCUUAUGCACGAGUGCAUAUGUUUUACUGCACUGGUAUUUCAGAAUUUUCAAUUACCAUGUAACAGUGGAAGCGAGUUUAUUAACUUGAGCUAUGGCAGGCCUGCAGGAACCUUCUCUGUAUGUGCUAGUGUAGAUGUAGAUGUAAUAUUUGGAAGUAAGUUUAGAGUUCCUUAUACAAUUUAAGUUUGUUUGAGUCGCUGUCAAGGAAUUACAUGUCUGUCAGUCAUUUACUUGCCUGAAGUUAAGAAUUCAUGAAUACCAUUUCAUAACAGCAAUAAGGCAUUCCAGGUAGCAAACUUCAGGGUUACAACUGCACUUGGGUGGAUGAAGUCGCAUAGCUUACGGCUUCAUGCCUUAGACUGCCAUGCCAAGAUGCAAUAUUUAACUAUCCUUGACCGCCUGUUGUUUUUUACCGCAUACAUAUGUUUACCGCAAUGCUGUAUGUAUGCAUUACCACGUAGAUAGUAGUUUGAAUACUUACAUGUAGAGCACACGUCAAAAAAACACUAAUGAGACCAUCCGUACAUCUAAGAAAACUAUCUUGUAGGGUAGUUUGGCCUUUACACAUGUUUAAAUGAACAUGUUGAACUUUAUUUGAACUGUGACAUAGUUAUUAUUAGUUUUGUCAUAGUUUUUAAGAUGUAUUCUUGAUACUUCAAUUGAUUCUGCUUUAGGAGAAUCAUUUAAGAUUUUUACCUUGCUUUUUAUAUUAGAGAAAAUUGUAUUGCAGCACCAUUGGCACAGCAGCCUUAAGUAGCAGAAGGAGCCUUUUAUGUGGGAAAAAUAUUGCCGUUGUUCCAGUAAAAAGGCAACAUUUUUUAAAUGAAUGACUGGAAGAAUCAUGUCUUAGAAAAUUAUGAACUUGAAUUUCUUAUCCAGCUAUGGAUUAGCAAAAAUAUUGUCUAUUCUUAUCUCCACCUUCUGUGAAAAAUAAACAGUAAGUUUCAUGAUAUCCCUCAGAAGAACAGCGAUAGGGCGUAAUUACUUUGGAGUUGUACAUGCAACCCUAGCUUGGUUUUCAACCAGGUCACAGGUUUAACUGCCUGAAAGGGCUGGGGGAAUGUUUUGCAAAUUUUGAUCUGUUUUGCUGUAGAUAGAUGUUGCAAUUCAGUUGAAACAUGUGCCUUGCAAGCUUUUAUUAAACAAACAAAAAACUCAA